AUUCAGUAAAUAAAGUGAGUAAUUAGUAAUCAGCAUGAUUCUUGCUUACAAUAACACUGAAAACAACUUCUCACCUCCAUUUUUUUUUCAUCUGUUUCUCUCUCUAAAUAAAUCUCUCUCCUCUGCACCUUCUUAGAAAACCCAAACUCCAAUCUUUUGUUCUCUGAGCCACCGACCAUUAUUCCAAUUUACACCGCCAUUUAUCAACAAAUCAGUGUGUUUUAUCUGAUAGGACCUUUACUUCAUUUAAUUGUUGCUGAGACAAUUUUUGUUUUUCUGGGAUUUGGUUAAAGAAGUAAAAAAUGGCAGAAGUAAAGCAAGCAAGUGGAACUGGGUCAUUUUCUCAUUCAAUGAAGAAAAAACCUCCUAGCUUUAGUAGCAAUGGUGUUAGUUCUUCUUUUAAGCACUUAUAUGAAGAUGUUUUUGUGGGCCCUCUUUCAAACAAAGUGAAAUCUUCUAAUGUUUUCAUAGAGGAUGAUUAUGCUGAAAUUUUUGGGUCCUCGAAAUCAAGCGAAGGUCUUUGGAACCUCUCUUAUUCUUCAGUUCCAAUCCUUGAACUUCCUAAAGAACAAGGGAUUGGUAGUAGAGGAGGGAGUGUGGAUUAUGGUGGGGUUUUUGGAGGAUUUGAUUUUGAUGGUUGUAGUAGCUUUGGUUUGCCGGAUGGUGAGGAGUUCUUUGAUCAAUUAAAGAAAAAGGCCAAGACUUCAGCUGAAAAUAAUUUGCCAAGAGGCCAUGUACGAACAACAGAAGCUACCAGUCCUGAGAAGUCAAGCCAAUCUUACGAUAGACAAUCAGCUGCAAAUGGGUCUUGCAAAACAUCUGACAAUACAAGGCAUUUUGAGGCUGCCAACCAUGAUGUGAUGGUGAAUGCUACUAAUAGGCCAAGAAAACCUGCUCAUGUUCGUUCUUAUUCAUUGCAUACAGCUGGUGGUACUCAGAAUGCUCAGUCUAGUCAAACACCUGUAACGAAAGAUGAUAUGCUUGACACAAACUCAAUUUUUGAGAAGCAGCAAGGAAAACAUUCCAGGCACACUAGUUUGGAUCUUGGUGCUAAAAAACAAAAUAGUAACGGUGAUGCUGGCCUUCAGAACAUAUUUGGCUUGAGUGGCUCAAAUUCGGUUGAUACAUCUCAUGAUGUUUGCCAACUCAAUAAAGCAGCAACAGAUGGGCUUUCUCAAUCAUUUGACAACACGAAGCAUUCUGACCAUAAGAGUAAUGAAGUGGGCAUUGAGAGGAUUAGCGGGGAAAUACAUACUUCUGAUGGUCAUCAAACUCAUGAAUCUAAUAUUUCAUCACAUGAACUUCAUCCUACUCAAGAGACCCUGUCUAGUAAAACGUAUGUUCUCAACGAUGAGACACAGCCCGACAUAGAGGGUAAUCCGUCUAAGGAGCAGACAAAGCAUCCACAAAAGACAGGCUUGGAUCUUGGUUCUAAACAAAAUGGCGAGUGUCAACCUGUCUUUUCGAAAGAAUGUGGAUUGAGUGAAUCAAUUUCAGUUGAUGCCUCUCAUGAAUCAUCUGAAGCCAGUUGUGUUGCCGGGAGAUCAUAUGUUGUGAAGGAUGAUGCUGAGACUUCAGUUGGUUGUGAUGAGAUUAAGAAGAAAGCAAGGCAUUCCAGGAUGACGAGCAUAGAUCUUGGCGAUUAUAAACACUCUUGCGCGCGUGAUGACGGGCUUAAGAGAAAACCUCGUCUUGGUGGUUCUUAUUCAUUUGAUGCCUCGCACGAUCCUUGUUCUGCUCGUGUUAAAGUACAGUCUUCGAUGAUGUAUCCUUCCUCAAGUCUGCCUAGAUUCUUUCCUGUUGAGAGCUCUUAUAAGGUAUCAGAAAACUCAAGCUUCAAGGGUUCUCAACAAAAUUGUGAUAAAGGGUCUGAAGGUUCACCUCCAGACAUUGCUGAGGAGUUAGAUGUAAACUCAGCUGCCGCGGUUUCUGCAGCCGCUUUGGAAAGGGCAAUUCAAGAGGCUGAAAUGAGAAUUCGGUUGGCGAAGUCAUUCUUGGAGCGUGAAGGUCAAGGCUCUAAUAUGAGAUUCAAGGAUACUCUAAAGGUGAAAGUAGCAAACAAUGGGAUAGUCAACGAGAUAAAUAAGUUGAAAAAACAUAAGAUUCAAGAAUAUUUUCCAGGUGUAGAUGGUGAACCACAACCUUGUUCUUUGUUAGAGAGAAAACAUGCGGUGGUAGCUUCUCAAGGGACUCCACUUUCGGAAGACCCAAAGAAGUCUGUCAAGAAUCCGAAACUUACCGAAGGAGAAAAUACAAAGGUGCCAAAUUCGAUCAGAGGAGAGGAGAAGUGUGAAGUUGGAGAGUGGGAAGCGGCAAAGCACUUGAAUCAACUUUUCAGUGGAGUAAAAAAUAAAUUAGCUUCCUUUAUGUUGUGGCAGACUGAGACCGAGAAAAAAGAAGACCUGAAGGAAAUUGGUGCAACGAUGAAUCGUCAGCAGCAUGCUGAAGGAAUGGAACAGGAUCUAAAAGACCAGGAGGGUUUUAAUAUUAAAAAAACUGAACAGAAUCCAGACACCGGUAGAAGUGCUGGUGAAGUAAUGUACGGGGAAAAUAAAAUACAGAUAGCGUCAGAUGUAGUGGAGACGGAGAAAAAUGGAGUAAUUAGGAGCUUCAAUGUGAAGAAUGAUAACGCUAGAUCUAACGAAAAUUUCAUUCUAGAAACUGCAGAAUCUAGCUCAGAAAAUUUUCAGUUUUUUGCAUUUAGGAAUCAGAGAUUGUCUGACUUAUCUGAUUCAGAUGUAGAAGAGAAGGGACCCGUAGAAAGUCAAGAGUCUGUGAUUAUGAAUGGACAAGAAUCAGUGAUAAAUGAGGUCAAUAUUGAACCCUUACCGAAUCACCAUGAAGAGGCAAUGCAGCAGGAUAUAGAUGAGGCAUGGCAGGAGGAAGUAGAUGUGGCAAGGCUCGAGGAAACAGAUGAUGCAAAGCGGGAGGAAGCCGAUGUGGCAAGGCAGGAGGAAACAGAUGAGGCAAAGCAGGAGGAAAUAGAUGAGAUGUGUGUGACUAAACACUGUAAAACACAAGAUAUGUAUAAAACGAGGAACAUAGAUUAUAGCAACGAGGAAAUUGACAUGACAUUUGAGGAUUGUUGCUCUUUGGAUGGGCAUGAAAAAAGCGGUGAGGAGGAUAUGCAAGGUGAAAUGAGUAGGAAGGAUGAUAUAUGCUUCAUGAAUGGAGAAAAUGUUGAGAUGGUACAUCCCAUGGCUGGGCAUGAUACAAAGGAACUCAUUCAUGAGAACGUUGAGUAUGAUGGUACGAGUAAGAAGGCCCAUUUAGGCUUCAUUAACGAAGAAAAUGAUGAGAUAGCGGGUAAUUCAUAUUCUCUUGAUGACCAUGAUGAAAAGAAAUUCACAUGUGAAGAGGUCAGGCAGAGUGAUUUGUGUAAGAAUAUCCAUUCAGGUUCUAGCAAUGAAGAAAAUAAGGAGGUUGUGAAUGAGUUUUUCACACAGGCUGCAUAUGCGAGUUAUGAUGAUCAGGAAGAGGGCAAUGGCAGAAGUUCAACUCAGGAAUUUGAAGAGAAGCCGAUCGAACAAGAUGAGGAUACUACUGAGAGUAUCGAUGACGAUGGUGACUGUGAGUUGCUCAAGGAAGGCACAAGUCAGCACGAGAACCUUGAGUCUUUGAAAGAAAUUAAUCCGUCUGGGGAAUCGUUGAAGAAUUCUGAAUUCCCUGAUGCUGUAAAUGAAUGUCUAGAGAUUGGAAAGUUUCCGAGGGAAACAAAUCACAUUGAAGACGUUUCUGGUCACACGUACUGGCAGGAAGAAAAUGAGAUGGGUGAUGGAAAAAUAAAUCACAUCAAGGAAGAUUCAGGAAAUACAUUUGGAUGGGAGGAUUCUGAUGGAAUUCAGAGUCAAAAUGAUGACUCGGAAGAAACUGCUGAGGAAGUAACUGUGCAAGUUACAGGUACGGCUUCAGCUGACAAGGAAGGCAAACAGAACAAAUAUGUAAUUCUAAGCAAAGCCGAAGAAUUUUAUGGAGUUGAUGUGUGCAGUUCCGAGGUUGAACAAACAGUGCAUCCUGAUGAAGAGAGUGAGAAGACAAUGGACAUAGCUGAUAUUCAUGAGAGAGAAAUGGAUAUACAAAGUCCAAUAUCAGCUCAAAAUCCAAGUGAGUUGUUUGGAGAAGAGCCUAUAGUAUCUGCUCAACAUACUAGUGGGUUGACUGGACACGAGCCUCUAGUAUCAGCUCAGAAGACAAGUGAGUUGAUUGAAGAAGAAACUCCAGUAUUACUUCAGAAGGAAAGUGAGUUGAAAGGAGAAGAGCCUGCGCUGUCAUCUAUGUCAACUGAACGUAUCAUGGAACUUGAUAGGAAUGAGAUUGAGGAUGGUAAUGUUAUCAUUGGGAAGCAUCAUGAUAGUGAGAUUGCUACUUCUGCACAAAUGGAUGUUGAUGUAAAAGUGGCUGAUCCUGAAUCCCAGGAAAAGUUUCAAAAUAGAACCGACAUUUUACGUGAAUCGGGAGACAACCAGCAUGUGGAGGAGUUGAAUACGGCUGAACAGGAUGUGGAGACGUCUGGCGUUGAAGCAGUUCACAGGAGAAGAAGAUGGUUUGAUAAAGGUGGGAGCAUUGCGAAUGCUGAGCGGCCGAGCAUUCUGGAAGGUUAUAGGGUAGAUUCAGAGAUAGAUCACGAGGUUUUGGAUGAAUCUGAAUCAGCAGGAAGUGUUGAAAUCCAUGCCGGUAAACUAGACCACCUUACUGCAGAGGUUACAACUGCUAGAGUUGGUGAGAUUUCUUCUAAUCAGGAUGUUAGCAGAACAAAGGUCGAAACAACUCCAACGAGGAGAAGAUGGUUUGUCCAGAAAGGGAAAGAGGGAUUAUCUGAGCCUCGGUCUCUCUUUCAGGAUAUUGAAGUAAAUUUGGACCCCCCUGAAAGCAUGAAUGAGUCGAUAUUGCACAAUACUGUCUCUGAAAAUGCCAAAACUGGAGAGUUUUUGGAUGCAGCCAAGAUUGGAAUGACAGUUGAUGGGAUAAAAGGCAAGGAGAGUGUGGAAGUAACUCCCAGAAGGAAAAGAUGGUUUGAAAGUGGAGAUAGAGAAGGGACAAGUAAGCAAGUAAAAUCGGAAGAAGAUUUUGGGUUGAGUAUGCAAAUGGAUCAGGAAUCAAAAGCAAAAGUGGUUGCCGAGAAACUUGGAAAAUUUGAUAGCAUGUUCAUUCCACAGGAGAGAGAUGGUGCACACAAAAAUGUGGAUACAGUAAAAGAACAACAAAUUGACCUGGAUAAAGUGAACAGGAGAGAAAAAGAGAAAGAGAAAGAGAAAGAAAAAAUGGCAGUUGAGAGGGCAAUUCGUGAAGCUCGGGAAAGGGCGUUUGCUGAAGCGAAGGAAAGGGCAAGAAGAGAUGCAGCGGAUAGACCAAAUGUGGAGGGGCGUCAGAGAGUUGUAUCUGGACCUCAAGAGAAGGUAGGAAAAGUUUUUUCGGAAGCUACUUCAUUUUCCGAAAAGAUUGCAGUGGAAGCAAAACUCAAAGCGGAACGUGCUGCUGUAGAAAGAGCAACUGCAGAGGCUCGGGAGCGUGCAUUGCAGAAGGCUUUAUCAGAGAAAGGUUCUCAAAGGUCAAAGGAGUCGAAACACCAAGGUUCAAAAAGUUCAGAUUUUUCAUUCAAUAGUGAUGAAUUUGAUGGAGCUUAUGUUGAAUCAUCUCAGAGGCGUAAAGCCAGAUUGGACAGGCAGUCACGGACUAUGGAACGAGCAGCUAAGGCUCUUGAAGAGAAGAACAAGCGUGAUCUAUUAGCUCUAAAGGAGCAAACUGCGAAAAAUAUGUUGGCGGAUUCCUUGGAUGCCGAGGUCAAAAGGUGGUCCACAGGAAAGGAAGGAAACUUGCGUGCACUGCUUUCAACACUUCAAUAUGUUCUGGGUCCUGAUAGUGGGUGGCAGCCAGUUCCCCUCACUGAUUUGGUGGCAUCGACUGCUGUCAGAAAAGCUUAUAAGAAAGCAACUCUCUGUGUUCAUCCUGAUAAACUGCAACAAAGAGGUGCAACCAUCCAGCAAAAGUACAUAUGUGAAAAGGUUUUUGAUCUUUUAAAGGAUGCUUGGAGCAAAUAUAACCCGGAUGAGCGUUAAUGUUGUAUAUCUGCAUUUGUUUAAUCAUGUCAUGUAUUCCUUUUGCAUCAAAAUAAUGGCUUGGGGGGAAUGGGAAUGCUAUGAACUGGACAGAUAUGUUGACAGAAGUAUAAAGAAGGAAGAGGAAGAUGAUAUUAUAAAAGGAAAGGAUUAAGGGAAAAUACAAUAAGCUGCUUUUAGAGUAACAGGGACUCUACCAAAAGCGUUUCUCCUUGUGGAAGGGCAUAGCAAUACCCCCGGCGUGAAGCUUCACCUUGUCCUCAAGGUGGAAAUGAGGAAAAGGUUGAUCAAUUAAAGCAACUGUCUUCCACGUGGCCUCAUCAAUCGGCUUUUCAGCCCACUGGAUUAAGACCUCCAACACUCCAGCUUGAUUAUAGCGCUAAUCCAGUAGGACUUCUGGUCGUGCUUCCAGCUUCAAUGACUUAGAAAGUUGAUUGGGCACUUCAAACAGUGUCAUACUCCCCUUUCGCCAACUUCAGUUGAGACACAUGAAAAGUAGGAUGAAUGCCACUGUAAUUAGAAAGGAUAAGUUCAUAGGCUGCAUUACCCACCUUCUUUCAAAUUGUAUAAGGACCAUAGUAUCUAGGGGCUAACUUCUCAUUGUGUUUGCGAGCAAGAGAUUUUUGUCGAUAAGGUUGUAAUUUUAAAAACACAUUGUCUCCAAUAUUGAAAUGUACAUCUCUCCUUCGUUUUACUUCA